AUGACAGAAACUUCUCCUACUUCUCCUCCUACUCAUAUGGAUUCAAAAGGUACUAUUCCUGAAGAGAAAUACAAUUUGGUCAAAAAACGAUUGAAAGAAAUGACUGAAAAAAAUGAAAAUCUUACGAAUGAUCUUAAUCAUGCAAAGAAACGAUUAAGACGUCUGGCUCAUGAAAAAUCGAUCUUACUAGACAGGAUAUGUCAAUACGAUGAUAGUGUGAAUAUUAGUCAGGAAGAUGAUGAAUCAAUUCUCGAUAAUGAAUUCAAUGAAAAUCACUAUUCUUCUCUUACUAUUAUUGAUACUGAUGUCAAUAACAAUCGUGAAUCAACAAAAAAGGAUCUACAUGUUAUAACAGAGGAUGAAACACAACAAGAACAACGAUAUAUUCCAUCUUUAUCAGAAACAUUACAUGAUCACACUACAACAAUGAUAUCUAUGAACAACAAGAAUAAUAAAUCUCCCGAUAUACAUCCUAUAGAUCAAAUAUAUACGCCUCAUACCCCUGUGCCUUCUACGUUACGAAAAGAUUCUACUUUACCAAAGUUACCAUCUACUAUAUUGAAACAUACUGCACCUCAUACUUUAUCAAAUCAUAUGUCUUCUAACGGAAUGACGCCAUUCAAUAAUUGUAAUGAUUACGACUCAAGACAAUCAUCCACCUCAUCAGUCAUAUCAUCACAUUCCUCUUCUACAGGCAAUAGCAGCAGCAGUACGACUCCAAAUUUAUCAUCAUCAUCUUCUAUACUACAUGAUACCAAUCAAAGUCGUCAUCAUCAUUCUGCAUUAGACUCAGGAAAAAGUUGUACAAUGGUUCCAUCUUCACGACCCAAACGUAUGAGACGUGGUAAUCAAGAACCCAAAAUGCGACGCGUCCAACCACUGGCUCGAGACCCUUCCUCCGGUGAAUAUAGAUUACCUGCUCGUGUUGGUAUUCUAACUGUCCAUUCACUUGGUCGUGUGAUCCCUUUGACUACUUAUCAUAAUGAUCGAUACAUCUGGCCACCUGGAUUCAAAGUUAGCCGAACAUAUCUAAGUAUGGUCAACUCUGAUCAAAAUACUGUAUACACAUGUACUGUGGAAGAAAAUGGGGAACAAGGUCCAAGGUUUCGUGUUAUCGCAGAUGAUUGUCCUGAUCAACCUAUUAUUGCCAAUUCUGCCACUGGUGUUUGGACAGCCAUUGUGAAACGUGCAAAUGAAAUCAGAAAUAGAGAACACUCCAAUUCAGCUUCUGGCCCAGAUUACUAUGGAUUUACUCAUGCCACGAUUGCCAAGAUGAUACAAGACUUACCAGGUGCAGAUCAAUGUCUCAACUAUGUAUGGCAAAAAUUUGGAGUGAUGCAACAACGAACAGCAGCAGGUGUAGCAGCAGCAGCACAAAAGAAAUUGGCCAACUUGGAAAUCAUGGGUUCAGCAAACAAAAGGGCUCCUCCUCCUAUAGGUGAAGGUUUUGUACUGAAUAAAGAUGAUACAUCAACAACAACAUCAACAGCAAAAACUAUCACCCAUGCUUCAACCUCCUCCACCUCUGUAUUGAAGUUAAAAGAAGAACCACCGACUAAUUCUUUACCUCCACCGUCAUUAUCUCCAUCAUCUUCCAUAUCACCACCGUCUUUGUUAUCCAAUGCACAUCCACAGACAACAAUAGCAACCAGUUCACCAAUCACUACGACGGUAUCAUCAUCAUCAUCGUCAUCAUCAUCAUCACCAUCAUUACCUUCUAUUCCUUCCUCAGCACUUCAUGGUCAUCAUCAACCAUUACACCAUCCAUCUUCUAGCUCGACAUCUUCUGUACUUCCUUCUUUGGCCACUAUGACAAGUACGGCAGCAGCAGCAGCAGCAGCAGUAGAUAUUCAACAAAGUCUUAAUAAUCCUUCUUCUUCAGUAUUAUCAUCAUCUUCUUCUAGUAUUUCUCCCUUACCUUCCACCUCACUUCAACAUCACUCUCUUCACUCGUCUCAUCAUCAUCGUCAUCCACCUGUUACCACAGCUUCACCUGGUAUAUCCGUUUGGUCAACGCUUAGUCGUUGA